AGAAGCGCCCGCGCCGCCAUUUUGUCGGCAGCGGCAGGAGGCGCCUUCAGCCCCUCGGCCCGGACCCUACACCCCGCACCCGCCCCGCCGCCCGAGCCCCGCACGGGUGAGCACGGCGCGGGGGGGUGGUCCCUGCGCGCGUGCCGGGGCAGUAUUCUCCAGCGAAGAUGUCCGAGUACAUCCGAGUCACUGAAGACGAGAAUGACGAGCCCAUCGAGAUCCCCUCGGAGGAUGAUGGCACUGUCUUGCUGUCAACGGUCACCGCCCAGUUCCCAGGAGCAUGUGGCCUGCGUUACAGGAACCCGGUGUCUCAGUGUAUGAGGGGAGUCCGGCUGGUGGAAGGAAUCCUGCAUGCCCCAGAGGCUGGCUGGGGAAAUCUAGUCUAUGUCGUUAAUUAUCCCAAAGAUAACAAGAGAAAAAUGGAUGAAACGGAUGCGUCAUCAGCUGUGAAAGUGAAACGAGCAGUGCAGAAGACUUCUGAUUUGAUAGUUUUGGGCCUUCCUUGGAAAACCACUGAACAGGAUCUAAAAGAAUAUUUCAGCACUUUUGGAGAAGUUCUGAUGGUGCAGGUUAAGAAAGACAUCAAAUCUGGUCACUCAAAGGGGUUUGGUUUUGUUCGAUUUACGGAUUAUGAAACCCAGGUGAAAGUGAUGUCUCAGCGACACAUGAUAGAUGGAAGAUGGUGCGACUGUAAACUUCCCAAUUCCAAGCAAAGUCCUGAUGAGCCCUUGCGUAGCAGAAAGGUGUUUGUUGGUCGCUGCACUGAGGACAUGACAGCAGAUGAGCUCCGACAGUUCUUUUCUCAGUAUGGAGAAGUAGUAGAUGUCUUCAUUCCCAAACCCUUCCGAGCUUUUGCUUUUGUUACGUUUGCAGAUGAUCAGGUUGCCCAGUCUCUUUGUGGAGAAGACUUGAUCAUUAAAGGAAUCAGCGUACAUAUAUCCAAUGCUGAACCUAAGCACAAUAGUAAUAGACAGUUAGAAAGAGGUGGAAGAUUUGGUGGUAAUCCAGGAGGCUUUGGGAAUCAGGGUGGAUUUGGUAACAGCAGAGGGGGAGGAGGUGGGUUGGGAAACAACCAGGGCAGUAAUAUGGGUGGUGGGAUGAACUUUGGAGCUUUUAGCAUCAAUCCUGCUAUGAUGGCAGCAGCCCAAGCAGCAUUGCAGAGCAGCUGGGGAAUGAUGGGCAUGUUAGCUAGUCAACAGAACCAGUCAGGUCCAUCUGGAAACAACCAGCCUCAAGGCAACAUGCAAAGGGAGCAGAACCAGGGUUUCAGUUCAGGAAAUAACUCUUACGGCGGAUCCAACUCGGGGGCAGCAAUAGGCUGGGGCUCAGCAUCAAAUGCAGGCUCAAGCAGUGGGUUUAACGGAGGCUUUGGUUCAAGUAUGGAUUCCAAAUCAUCGGGCUGGGGUAUGUAGACACAUUGGGCUCGGAUGCUGACUCUAUGGUGGGAAAUCAAAUUUUUCUAAAGUCAUGGUAAGUAUAUUGUAAAUUACAUAUAUACUAAAAUUUUCCAAAUCAGUUUGUUCAAUGUGCAGUAUAUUCAACAGUAUUUUUGACAUUUUUUUUCUUUUGUAAAAAGAAAGGCUAAAGGAAUUUUAUAAGUUUUGUUACAUGACUUGUUGGACUAUUGAAUGGUUGACAGUGAACUGCAGUUUGCCUGAUGGGUAAACUAACACUACAAUUGAUAGGAAAGGCUUCUGUAGUAAUUUGUCCCUUGUUUUCUGGUUAGCUGAAUUCUUUGCAUGUCCAAAAUGAAAACCAUUGGUCAGGAACUGCAUUCUUUCCCUCUUGUUUUAAUUUGAUCCCCACCAUAAGAAUCUCUCCAAACGCCCCAGUUGGAGAACGCAGCGUCAGUGUUAGUUUUUUGUUUGUUUGUUUUUUUUUCAUUUUAACACUGUCUCCCCUCAUGUUAAAGUACGAUAUGAAGGCUUCAUUUAAUCUCUGCAGUUCAUCUCAUUUCAAAUGUGUAUGGAAGAAGCACUUCAUUGAAAGCAGUGCUGUAAAUAUUCUGCCUUAGGAAUACUUCUGUCUACAUGCUUUCUCAUCCAAGAAAACUUCAUCACACUGCACAUGCUACGUCUUAGACGGUGGGUGUUCCAUUUUUAUCCGCUACUCUUUAUUUCAUGGAGUCGUAUCAACGCUAUGAACGCAAGGCUGUGAGAUGGAACCAGAAGGCUGUUUGAACUUUGAAACCUUGUGUGGGAUUGAUGGUGGUGCCGAGGCAUGAGAGGGCUGGUAUGUGCGAGAAAAAGGAGAGAGCGCAUGCAGAGACCUGGUGGUGCAUUAUGGGAUUUUAUUUUACUUGGCAAGAUGUCUCUCAAUCCUGUGGCUUUGGUGAGAGAGUGUGCAGAGAGCAAUGAUAGCAAAUAAAGUACGAGUGUUUCUUGUAUUCAAAGAACAUCCAUAUCUGGAAGACUAAGUGGGUUUUAUACCUAGUUAACCAAUUAGUUGAAUGUGUUAUGUGAAAUGAAUAUUUGUAUUUUUUUUCCCUUAUGUCAACUGCUGUGAAUGCUGUAUGAUGUGUGUUCUUUUCUGUUAAUGAUAUGUAAGUGUGGUAAUGUGAAUUGCAGAUGAUGGGGUUUGUGAUGAGAACACUGAGCUUGUGGUGCACUUUGUAGUAGUUCUUAGGGCAAAGUUCACCAGCAAGCUCAGUGUGCCUCUAAAGGCUGGAAGUUCCACUGUCUGUAAGAUUUCCAUAAGAAUGCUGUUUGCUGCAGUUCCGUGUUUGGAUGCUUUUUAUAAGAUUUGUCAUUGUAGGAAAUUCUUAAAUAAAACUGAUUUAAGUAAUA